AAGCCAGAAUCCACAGUAGUAAAGCCCAGCCUAGUCAGCCGGGCGCAUCUCACAGGAAGUUUUCUCAAAAUAAAAUAUAUUACUUGACUGUUCAUUCUCUUUUUUUUUUUUCUCUCUCUUGCCGUGCUGUCUGUGUGAAAAGUGAAUUUCUUUUUUGUUUUUCAUUUCAUAUAUUGUGCAAUUAGAAAAUUGAGAAAAUCACUGGGAAUGAGAACAAUGAGCAAUGCGGAAAAAUCGACAUUCUCGUCGAUGAUAACGAGGAUCUAUUCAAGGAAAUGAUAUUCUAAAAGUGAAAAUUCUUAAUAGUUGCGAAAGAAGGAAGGGAAAAAGUGAGUAGCAGAAGAAGAAGAAGAAGGCAGAAAAAAAGAAAGUGAAAGAAACGAUAAGUAAAAUUGGAGAUUUACGACUAGUUUCUUCCUGAAAGGUGAAGGGUAGAGGCUCAUAAGGGCGAGUGGGGGGAUGCAGCGCGAAGGGGUGGCGGCAUGGAGGAGCCCUCGCUGGAGGCUCUCCUACAGGCGGGCUUCAUCUUCGUGGUCGGCGUCGCCAUCAUCCUUUCGAAUCUUCUCAUCAUCGCAACCUACCUCAACUUCCGCGGUCCCUCCGAGGUGAUAAAUUGUUAUUUGCUCUCAUUGGCAACUGCAGACUUAUUUUGUGGUCUGCUUGUUGUACCCCUAUCCGUGUAUCCAGCAUUGGUUCGAAAAUGGGUUUACGGCGACAUCGUUUGCCGAUUGGUCGGCUAUCUAGAGGUCACCAUUUGGUCGGUGUCCGUUUACACCUUUAUGUGGAUCUCUGUCGAUCGAUAUCUCGCCAUCAGAAAACCAUUGCGAUACGAAACGGUACAAACAAAAACGCGAUGUCAAUGCUGGAUGGCCUUCACAUGGAUAAGCGUUGCAAUGAUGUGUUGUCCACCAUUGCUUGGCUUCAACAAGCCAUUAUUCGAUGCCGAUGCAUUUAUUUGCAUGCUCGAUUGGGGAAAUAUGGCCGCGUACUCCAUCACCCUGUCUAUUCUUAUAUUAGGCCCCUCGGUCAUCACCAUUGUCUACACCUAUUUCUACAUUUUCUCAAUGAUGAGACGACUGAGAUCAGGUGUACCGAUUCACGACAAAGAAUACGCCACUGCUCUAUCGGAAAAUCUGAGCAAUCCCAGUCACAUCAUGUCCUUCGUAUUGGUGUUGACAUUUUGGAUCGCUUGGGCGCCAUACGCUGGCCUUAGGAUAUAUGCCGUUGUUAAUGGACCCCCACAAGUGCCAUUAUUGCACUUUGCUGUGGUGUGGUUUGGAGUGACAAACAGCUUCUGGAAAGCAGUCGUCCUAGGAACCCUGAGUCCCCAAUUUCGUCUUGCAGCACGCGUCCUUUGUUUGACCCUGUGCUGCCGACACAGAAGACUUCCUCCGGAACUUCUUGGUCUUGAUGACGACGACUAAAAAUUAAAAAAAAAAAAAAACUACUUUGCACUUUUAAAUUACGCGCCGCAUUCCUAGAGCAUUGUCCUAUUUUUUAUCAAUCGAACAAUCGCUUAAGCCUCCAAAAAAAAGAUCGACCCUUAAAAUUAAAACAAUUUAUAAUUUUUAUCGCAAAUUAAUUCACUACACUUUUUACUUUAACUUAAAUAUAAUAUUAUAAUUGUGACGCGCUCUGAAGAAUGGGACAUAAAAAAAUUUGUAGGUUAUGUUUUGAAAUGAACUCUCACUAUCAUAAACAUAACCUAUAAGGUCGCGCGUCUCACUUUUUCUUUAAAAAUAGAAAAAAAAAAAGUAGUUAGAAAAUUCGGAAAUAAAUCGAAAUCUCAUAUAUAAAUGUCGUCCGUGAUUAAUAAACGAACGAUUCAAUGAUAAUCAACUUUUUAGACGCCGCAGGACAAUUUUCAACUCGUCCAUUCUAAAUACGUCUUAUAUAUAUAUAUAUAUAUAUAAAAAAAAGAGUGUCUAAAAAAUAAUCUCGCUUCGCUCAAUCUAGAUUCUGUUAAAAUUAGAAGAUAAUUUUUCGUAAUAAACGAAGAAAAAACAUAAGUGAAAAAAACUGCGUUGAAAAAGCGACGAAAAAAAAAUAUAUAUAUAUAAAUAAUAACCGUUGCCUACAAAAAAAUAUCUACGUAAGAUCAAGCUCAAUAAAUGUCGUAGCUAAUUACGCAGAGUUAAAAAUCUUAAAUCAAUUUACAAAAAAAAAAAAAAAAAAAAAACAAAGGGCGCGAAAGAUGAAGAAACUAUUGAAUUAUUCGAGAAAAUGAAGAGUAUGAAUGAAAACAAAAGAGAGAGAAAAAGAGAGAGAGAGAGAAAUAGGGAAAUUUUCUCUAAUUUAAAAAAAAUCGAGUCUAGUCAAUUAUUGGAAAUGUCUCUGCGAAUGCGACGCAAAAAAGUCACUGGUGGGAAAUUUAAUUUUUUUAAAAAAUAUUUUCUCGCUUUUGACUUUUCAAGUUCAAAAUCUCCAAUAUAACAAAUUCUCUCACACCAUUAUUGCAAUAUUUGUUGCAUUAACAUAAAAAAAAAAAAACAAUUUUCAUUAUUGAAGAUUUUGAAACGCUUAAAAAAAAAAUGCAACAUCAUCAUUACAAGUCCUUUAAGUCUAUAUUAAUUGUUAAUUAAUAUUAUUAUAUUGUAAAAUCUCGGUAUAUAUUCAACGCAAUCUGAAUGAAUCGAAUACGCACGACCAUCAGCGAUAUAUAGAAAACAAAAAAAAAUAAAUAAAAACGCACUAUUAAAUCUCUACGUGUCGUAAAAAAUAAUUACUAAUGACAGUUUAACGCGUAGUGCAAUCAGCAGCUGUCGAAAGACCCAGCUAUUAUAAUAUAACAUCUUGAAUUUAAACUAUAUAUAUAUAUAUAUAUAAAUAAUAUAUCCCAAAAAAAAUCAAAUAUCACUAUUGGGGUAAUUUUUUCACGGACUUGGCACCCUCCGUCAAUCGCGGAUAAUUUUUCGUUUUAUUUCACAAAAAUAAAUUUCUACAUUUUAUUUGCUCGUUUGUUAUUAUUAUUAUUAUUAUUAUUAUUCUUUAUUAUUUUUAGAACCCGUUGCCCUUUUUUUAACUGAAAAUAAAGAAGAAUUAUUUUCAAAAUUCUCACUCUUUUUUUUUCUUCUAUUAAAAAAAUAUAAAAACUGCAAAAAAUUUAACGAACUUCUAAAUUAUAUGCAAAUAGUGGCAAGCUGUGCUUGCAAAAAUUUAUAAUUUAAAGAAAAGAGAUCGUCUGAUUUAAAUAUUAUAUGUAAAUAAAAUAAAUAAAUUUGCAACUAAAAUUAAUUAAGAAAAAAAAAAAUUUCUCUAUAUGAUGCAAAAUCAAGAGGCGUUUCGUAUAAUUUAUUUAGAGUGUAGUCAUUUUUAGAGAUAGAUGCAGCAGGACUGCCAAUCUGUCGUCAAAUUAUUGUAUUUUUAUCAUUAAUGCUCUCGUUAUAGUGUUUUGAUUCAUAUUCGAUAAUCCGGCGGGUCCCAGAAAAAAAAAAUUUUUUUUUGGUUAUCUAUAAAUAAAUUUGAAAAAUAAAAAAUCUUUCACACUUAAGUAAUUUAUUUCAAAAAAAAAAAAAAAUCUAUAAAUAAUAGAAAUAUAAAAAAAAGAUAUAAUGUUAUGAAUACACUUUGUAGUGAAAUUUUUCGUCAACGUUUUUUGUAAUUCGUGUGAAAUUUGAGAAAAAAAAAAACCAAAAAAAAAUUGAUAUUUUUAUAAAAUAUCAAAGUGAUAUGCACUCAAUAUUUGCAAAGUAAAUUAAAAUUAAAAAUUGUAAAAGGUACUGUAUACAAAUAUUACGUUAUAUAAUAUUGAUGGAAAUUCGGUCUGACUGAAACAUUAUUUUUACUACUGGUGCUUUAAAAUAAAAAUUUGACUAAAAUUAAUUAUUAUUUAUUAACAUAAUGAAACUUAAAUUUAAAAAUUUUUUUUGUCUGACUGAAUCGAAUUUUUACUACUGACACUGUAAAUUUAAAAAAAAUGUCCGUGUGUCUGACUAAAACGUACUUUUACUACUGACACUGAAAAAAGGUGUGUCUGGCUUAAAUUUACUUUUACUACUGACAAUAACAGUAAAAAAAAUUAACGUCUGACUAAAAAUUUUUUUACUACUGAAACUUAAAUUUAAAAAUUUUUUGUCUGACUAAACCUAAUUUUUACUACUGACACUGUAAAUAAAAAAAUUUUAGUGUCUGACUAAAACGUACUUUUACUACUGAGACUGAAAAAAUGUUGUCUGGCUUAAAUUUACUUUUACUACUAGCAAUAACAAUAAAAAAGUUACCGCCUGAUUAAAACUUUUUUUACUACUGAUACUGAAAAAAUGUGGCUGUCUGACUAAAAAUUACUUUUACUACUAACACCAACAAGAAAAAAAUUACUGUUUGACCAAACCUUACUUUAACUACUGACGCUAUAUAAAAAAAAAUUACUGACUGACUAAAAUUUACUUUUACUACUGACAUCACCAAUAAAAUAAAUUUUGUCUGACUAAAACGUACUUUUACUACUGACAUUUAAAAAAAUGUUGUUGUCUGGCUUAAAUUUACUUUUACUACUGGCAAUAACAGUAAAAAAGUUACCAUCUGAUUAAAACUUUCUUUACUAAUGAAACUUAAAUUUAAAAAUUUGUUUUUCUGACUAAACCUAAUUUUAACUACUGACACUGUAAAUAAAAAAAUGUCAUUGUCUGACUAAAACGUACUUUUACUACUGACACUGAAAAAAAUGUUGUUGUCUGGCUUAAAUUUACUUUUACUACUGGCAAUAACAGUAAAAAAGUUACCGUCUGACUAAAAUUUUUUUACUACUGAUACUGAAAAAAUAUGGCUGUCUGACUAAAAUUUACUUUUACUCCUAACACUAAGAAUAAAAAAAACUGUCUGACUAAACCUUACUUUUACUACUGACACUGUAAAUAAAAAAUUUUAUUGUCAGCGUCUAAAACUUUUAUUAUUGACACUAAAAAAAAUUAUUGUCUGACUAAAACUUACUUUUACUACUGACAUUUAAAAAAAUUACUGUCUGACCAGAAUUUACGUUUUUUAGACUGUAACUGGAUUUUAUCAUUUAGGAAAUUAAAAAAAAAUUUAUAUAAAAUAUCAACUAUAUACUGUAAUAUUUGAAUCAAUUCCUUUAAAACGUUUAUUCAUCCAAAAUGGCAAAAAGUGCCAUUUGGCAUUUAUAAUAAAUUUUCCUUUUUUCUUUUUUUUUUACCACAAAAUGUUAUGGGAUCCGCAUUAAUAACAAUUUUCCCGGUCAAAUGCCGGAUUUUCAAGUCUUUCGUCCAAUUUUACUGCUAUCGUAUAAGCUUGUAAAAAUAAAUUCUUAUAUUAAUUUACCUGUCUCGAAUGCAGAGCGGUGUUGACUGAAUUAUUAUAAAAAUAACAUUAAUUAACAGCAAAGGACUUGUCAAAUAAUAGCCUUAUCUCUCUCUCUCUCUCUCUCACUCUCUUUUUCUAUUUCUUUCACUCCUUUUUUUUCCUAUCACCACUCUGCACUCGUAAUAUAAAAAAAAACCGCCAAACCGCCGAGCAGUAUUAAAUUUUCUCUGCUAUUCUAAAAUAUAAAAGAGAGAAAGAGAGGAAUGAAAAGAAAAAAUAAAUAAAAAAAAAGAAAAAUUAUAAUUUCAAAAACAAAAAAAAAAGAAAUAUUACAGAGGAGGGUGCAAAAAAAAAUUCACGACGAAAAAAAAAACCCAUGACGAAAAAAAAUGAGAUUAGGGCGUGAGGAAAUAAAAAAAUAAAAAAAAAAAUGAGUUGGUCCCUGGCAGUUUCCGGGCGGCCUUUAUUAUUAUAAUUAAUUACAUUUUUGUACCUAGCUGCUAGUUUUGUACUAGUUUUGUAACGUACCUCAUCAUGGUCGUGCUGUUAUUAAAUAUUUUAAAUGGUUGUUGAUGAAAAAAAAAAAAAAAUAAAAUAAAAUAAUAACGUUGAUCGAAUUGUACGUUAAAUACGUGUUCACGUAGUAGUAAAUAACGUGAUUUUUGGUCUAUCAGCCAAUUACACGAGGUGGGAUUUUUUGAUGAAAAUGAAAGACGAUAAAUACUCGAGUGUGGUAAUCGCUCGUAAAUAGAAUUUCAAUCCCUCCCCCCCUUGAUUAUAUAAAAUAGAAAAUUUUUUUCAUUAUUUAUAAAAAAAAAAUCGUAAUUUUCUCUUAGCGAACAAUAUUGAAAAAUUUCACAAUUUUAGUUAUUCAAUUUAUAAAAUUAUUAAUAUAAAAAUAGAGAAAAAAAUUUUAUUCUUAAAAUCUGAAUUUACUCACACAUAAAUGUAUUUCUACACUUGUAUUUUUUUCAGUAAUAUCAACUUUUUCUCUUUAUUAAAACUGCGAAAUUGUUAGAAAAAAAAAAUCAGGCCUAUUAUACGUUCCGAACGAACAUACCACACUUGGUAUAGGUAUAAAAAUAUAUAUUUCGUUAAAAUUUUCGAAAUGCAACAAGUCCCAUCAAAAUUUUUUUUCACUAUUUAUUUAUAAAUAAUUUUUAUCUAUUUUUUUUUUUUGAAAUAAAUAUUAAAUUUUUUUACUACAUAUCAUUUUAGGGGGAUGUUAUUUUUUGUACUUUUUAUUUAUGGAAAAAUUUUGGUAGAUAAAUAAAAAUAUUUCUUAAAAAAAAAGAAAGAAAAAUGAGAAGGAGGAGGGAAAAAAUUGUGGUGAUGGACGAAUUGUAGUUCGAGAAUAUAAUAAAUAGGCUACAGUGAAAAAUGUGCGUAAUAAUGCAAAAAUGAUAAGUGAGAGGCGAUUCCGAUGAUAAAGGUACAAUAUUAAACGAUUAUUGUCCUAGAAUUUAGAAUAGAAUUAUUUAUUCCAAAAAUAAAAAGUGAGAGACGUAGA